AUGUACGCCUAUAACAAGCCCAUCAACCCAAUGGAACCUCCAGCCAAGCUGGACCAUUACAUUGGUAUCGACGUUGGCACAGGCUCUGCUCGUGCCUGUAUUAUUGAUGAGUCUGGUGACAUCAAGGCUCUCGCCGCGCAGGACAUUAAGCUAUGGCAGCCUCAGAACGGCUACUAUGAACAAUCUACGACAGAUAUCUGGCAGUGUAUCUGUGAAUGCGUCCGCAAGGUAGUUAGCGAGUCUCAGGUUGAUCCCAACUCCAUUAAGGGUAUGGGCUUCGACGCCACUUGCUCCCUGGCUGUCUUCUCAACCGAUACCGACGAGCCGAUCACCGUUACCGGGCCUGACUUCAAGAACGAUGGCAAUGAUCGAAACGUCAUUCUGUGGCUCGACCACCGACCUGUUGAGGAGACCGAGCUCAUCAACAGCACUGACCACAACCUCCUCAAAUACGUUGGAGGCAAAAUGAGCAUCGAAAUGGAGAUCCCGAAGAUUCUCUGGCUCAAGAACAACAUGCCUCCAGAGCUCUUUGCACGAUCCAAGUUUUACGACCUUGGCGAUGCCCUCACCCAUAUUGCUACGGGUAACGAGAGCCGCAGCUUCUGCAGCACCGUCUGCAAGCAAGGAUACGUCCCAGUCGGUGUGGAUGGCAGUGUAAAGGGCUGGCAAGAGGAUUUCUAUGACGCUAUUGGCCUGAAUGACCUUGUUGAGGACAAUUUCAAGCGAAUGGGUGGCGUUGAUAAGGUGAAUGGAAAAUACGCCAGUGCUGGUGAAUGCGUUGGAACUCUAAGCAAGCAGGCUGCUUACCAGCUUGGUCUCCCCCAAGGCAUCGCUGUCGGUAGCGGUGUCAUCGAUGCUUACGCUGGGUGGAUUGGAACCGUGGGCGCCAAGGUCGAUCUUGGCGACGACGAGCUCAAUGCCAGCGUCCCUCACAACGACCUUUCUCAGGCAUUCAGCCGGCUUGCCGCCGUCGCUGGCACCUCGACUUGCCAUCUCGCCAUGUCCAAGAACCCCGUUUUUGUUCCCGGCGUUUGGGGCCCAUACCGGGAUGUAUUGCUGCCGGAGUAUUGGAUGGCUGAGGGUGGUCAGUCUGCGACGGGCGAAUUGCUCCGACAUAUGCUAGACAUCCAUCCUGCUUUUAACGCGACGCAGGCUCUGGCCAAGGCCGAAGAUAAGCACAUUUACGAUUGGCUAAAUGCCCACCUCGAAUACAUGGCCGAGAAAAACAAUGCGCCGGCCGUGUCGUAUAUGGGCCGCCACCACUUCUUCUAUGGAGACCUUUGGGGCAACCGAUCUCCCAUUGCAGACCCUUCCAUGAAGGGUGCAAUGAUCGGACUCGACAGCGACAAGAGCACCGACAACCUGGCUCUUUGGUACUACGCUACCAUGGAGUUUAUCGCCUUCCAGACGCGCCAGAUCAUCGAGCAGAUGAACAAGUCUGGUCACGAAAUCUCAUCUAUCUUUAUGUCUGGCUCUCAGUGCCAGAACCCAAUUCUGAUGAAUCUCAUGGCUACCGUGUGCGGGAUGCCAGUUUUGAUUCCCCGCUAUGUUCACGCCGCCGUUGUGCACGGUGCUGCCAUGCUGGGUGCCAAAGCUGCCAGUCACAAUGAGGAGGGUCGCGAACCUGAGUCGCUCUGGAGCAUCAUGGACCGCAUGAGCAAGCGAGGGCGUCUAGUCGAGCCGGGUACCGAUGCCGGCGAAUUGGCGAUGUUUAAUGCCAAAUACGAAGUCUAUCUGGAAAUGUGCAACUCGCAGCAAAGCUACCGCAAAAAGGUGGAUGCCGCGACCUCUAAGUGGAAGAAGGAGUUUGGCGGCGAUGCAUAA